UCGUUCAAUGAUCUGUGGUUGUCAGGGUUGGGCGUUGGACGGACUGGAGACGUGCAGGGAAGAAGUUUGGCUCAUAUAUAAACCUUGGUCGAAGCACAGGACUAGCCGACAUGGAGUGGCUCUUUGGAAAGCGCGUGACGCCAGAGGAGAUGCUGCGCAAAAAUCAGCGCGCGUUAAACCGGGCCGUACGGGACCUGGACCGAGAGCGCAUGCGCAUGGACCAGCAGGAGAAGAAGGUGAUCGCCGACAUCAAGAAGAUGGCGAAGGCUGGACAGAUGGACGCCGUUAAGGUGAUGGCCAAGGACUUGGUGCGUACCAGGCGGACAUCCCGGAAGUUCAUGCUGAUGAAGGCCAACAUCCAGGCUGUCAGCCUGAAGAUCACUACGCUCAAGUCGCAAAACUCGAUGGCUCAAGCCAUGAAAGGCGUUACCAAAGCUAUGUCCACGAUGAAUAGGCAGCUGAAGUUACCUGAGAUUCAGAAGAUUAUGAUGGAGUUUGAGAAACAGAGUGAGAUCAUGGACAUGAAAGAAGAGAUGAUGGACGACGCCAUUGAUGAUGCAUUGGGAGAUGAUGAGGAUGAUGAAGAGAGUGAGGCCGUGGUGAACCAGGUGCUGGAUGAGCUGGGCAUCAGCUUGUCGGGCAAGCUGACCGACCUGCCGCAGGCCACCGGCUCGCUCAAUCCGCCGGCCGCCACGGCGGAGAUGGGUGCCGAUGCCGACCUGGCCGCACGGCUCGACAACCUGCGGCGCGAGUGAGGCUCUGGCCGCGACCGAGCUCGCGGACGAGGGCGGGCGGGGGCGGUGA